AUGGCGGUCGCCACAGCAGUCUGCGGCACAGACAAAGCCCGCACCAUGAAGUGGUAUCCAAGAGACGAGAAUCUCAGGAUGGUGCUUGCGGGAGUCAAGCCCUGCGUGGCCGACUUCACCACGGCGCUAGAGACGGAGGAACGAGUGAAGGAGCGCGCAGCAGAGCUGACAGCGGAGCUCGCAGCGCUCUACGGCCCCCGAAAGAAGGGAAAACGACAAGACAGCAAGGCGCAGGAGACAGGAUCGACCAACACAGAACAACAAGGGCCGAAGAUCGUCAGAGAAAUCAAGCAAGUCAAGCUAGUGAUACACACACAGACGCGAGACGGCAGCGAAAAGGAGACCAAGAUCAUGCUAUCAGACAGGGACCCGAAGUUCAUGGCCGUGCUAUGGCAGCACGUGUGGAAGCGUAUGCACACGAAACUUAUACAUACUACAGCCUACAGACCACCCAGACAAGCUAUACAUCCCACGUACCGCGGAACAAGACGUCUUCGAAGCUAUCCGGGUCUAGUUGAUUAA